AUGCCUGUCCCAUCUGUUACAGUCACUACUGAUAAUGAGUACGAAGAUAUAUCAUCAUUUUCGUCUAUUGAUUCUUACAAACCAGAGCCGUUCACUGGGUUCAAAGAUUCUCAACUUCCAGACCAGCCUCUUAUGAAGAAUGAUACUAUCGUUGGAAAAGGGCAAUCGGAGAAUGAUGACAUUUUAGACGAUCAACAUCGUCAUUCAGAUGUGCACUCUCACCAUAGUUCCAGUACUUUAAAACGACCAACCUCGAACUCGAUAGAAAAGAUGGUCACCCAGAAUGCAUUGGAGGGUACCUCAGAAACAUUGGAUUCUUUAAAAGAGGAUGGAUUAAACCUGAAAAAGAAAGCUCUUCCAGACAUUACCGCCCCGGUAACAAACUCAGCCCACGAUGCCACAUUCCCAGAAGAAUACCGUUUAGAGACUGAAACUGGGUUGGUAAAGUUGAAAACGCUUGAAACAUUAAGGAGAGAGGACUCUCGCGUUUCCUCAACCAAAAAAGAACAUAAUAACGACCAUACCGAUAUACAUUCCACCCGAUCCAAGGUUACUACAAAUUCUCAAGGCUCUUCUUUGGAGCCAAACAAGUUGAACAUGGCAGUAGAGAAAAAUAAGAAGAAAAUUGAACAGUACCAAAAACAUAAAUCAGAAAAGGGGAUUAAAGGUUUCUUUCAUAGGAUUUUCGAUUAA